CAGUAUUAUUGUGCAUAUAACGAACCAGUAAUUAUACAUGUAUCUAGAAAUUUAUUCAUCAGGAAAUGUUAAUAACUUUGAACAUAGUAUUCGAAACGUUACACUUUUAGAACAAGUCGGCCAUUUCCCAAGAGUAUUCCAUUAUUUUGUUACUUUAGAGAAACAUUAUUUUCGAGAGUCAUGUGUUGAAAUAAAAUAAGUGUACUUAAAGAAUGAAAGAACCGUCGAAUAAGGUAACGCACUGUUUGGCAUAGUAUUUCAAACAUCGUUAUCUGAUAGAUGCCCAGACCAAAGAAGUGUAUUUCAUAUAGGAUGAGUUGUGUUUUCUUGGUCAGUCCAUCGUGAUCUCGUUACUUUAAUCCAAAUAACAAGUAAUCGCGAUUUAUAAUGUAAAUUGCAGAUUUCGGUGAUUCCAUGUUGAAAGAUGUAUUUGCGAAGUGUCGGUUUCCUUUAGCACGUUGUUUUUCUUUACAGUUUUAUCGUGUAAUAUAAAGUGGGGAUUCGGUGAGAUUAUGGACGCCCCCUAGUAACAAACGUGCGUCACAGCGUGUAGCGUCUCGCACGUAGACACUGUCAAGCCGAAAUCUCGCGGGUUAGUUACAAGACUGGCAACGAAUCGAUGUAAACAAGUAUUAUAAAGAUGGUGGUGAUCAGUGAUUUCUUUCGUCGUGACGAAUAAUCGCGAUCGAAUUGUUGCAUGAUUUUGUACAUUCCGUACGGAUAUAACGAGGCUAAUUUCGGCUACUGUCACAAAUCAUCGAAACAUGCUGUUUUCGGUAAAGGAAGUUACUUACAGAUAUAAACAAAGACUGAUAAUAAAUUCUCAGAGAAAUUGGACUGAAUUUGAUUGGAAUAACUUUUUAUUGGUUUUUUACGAAUUUCUUAUCGUAUGCUUUCUUUGUGUAAGGUUUUAUAAAAUUCUAAUCUGACGUUCCGAGGUGCCUUUUAAACGUUAUUCAUUGUUGUUUUUUUUUUUUUUUUAUUUUUAUUUGCAGGAGCAGAAUAAAAGUAACGUGCAAAAUGUUUAGUUUUCAUAAACCAAAGGUGUAUCGGUCUAGUACUGGUUGCUGCAUUUGUAAAGCUAAGUCUAGCAGUUCAAGGUUCACAGACAGUAAAAAGUACGAAGAUGAUUUUAUAGAGUGUUUCCAACUCGAGGAAAGGCGAACUGGAGAAAUUUGUAAUGCUUGCGUACUCUUGGUAAAAAGGUGGAAGAAAUUGCCUGCAGGAAGUAAUCGUAAUUGGAGACAUGUUGUCGAUGCACGUGCAGGACCUGGCAUCAAGUCACUAACGAAAUUCAAAUCAAAGAAUAAAAAGAAAAUGAAAGAUUUGCCAGAAAAAUUUGAGAAGAUUAUGAAGAAAAAACACAUUUAUUUGAAGACGGAUAGAGAUCGUGAACAAAGUCCAGCGAUGAGCGAUGACUUAACAGAAGAUUAUUUAAACGGAAAUGGUAGCAAAGGUUCAAGUCGAGCUGGCAGUCCUAUAGGAAGUGAUGAUAUUCCAGUUAUUGAAAAACAGAUAGAUAUGCAAGAUGUGACUGAAUCAAAGAAUGAUUUAACUGUAAAUGGUUUCAUUGAUCUGUCCUACUUUAAGAGGGAGAUCAUUUGUUGUGGAACAAUAUUCAAGGGUCCAUAUGGAGAAGUUAUAGUGGAUCCUUCGUUAAUAAAGCCUUGUAUUGGUUGUAUAGCUAGGCAGCAACGACAACAACAAACAAAUGCAUUAAGCCGCAGUCCUGCGCAUAGUUCUGCAUCAGCCAGUCCUGUCCACAGUUCUGCGUCUGCUAGUCCUGCCCAUAGCGUAGAGUCUGGUACAGAGACUGCAGUCUCUAAACAGACAAGUAAAACGUUUAGUGAUUCGUCGUCAGAUUCCGGCUAUGAUGAAUCUUCCAACCAAGGAGUUGGUGAGAGUAAGAUAACCAAAAUUAUUCAAAAUGCGAGUGCUACUGUUAAACCAGCAGUAAAAAUACAACCGUUGAAAAGUGUUCAACUAAAAGCUAUACCAGUAUCGGAAGCUGUCAGGUUAAAAACAGAUAUGCCAAUCAAAUUGGUACCUAUAAAACAAAUUGAUCAACUAUCUUGUAAGCCAUUGUCUUUAGUUUCUUCUGCCAAUGUUACUUUAAGCAGUAGUACUUCACACUCCAUUGUUACCGUCCCAAAUAAUCCACUUGUCGAUUUUGCCAUGCACGCAGCCUCUUCCAGGCAAUCAGUCUCUAAUUAAUGUCAAUCUCUCAUAGAGUUUUAAUUUAUUUUUUUCUUAUAAUAGUUAGUUGUAUGCUACGAUACAAAAUUGUGUGUUAAGUAUGCAACCAUUACUAUCCCAGAUAACAAAGGCUCUGGAUGAGAGUGUUUAAGUUUUAUGAUAUCGAGCACACA